AAAUAUAGAAUGAGUACCACAAAUGUGUGCUACGACCGACUGAAAUGUCUGUUUUGGACGAGUUUUGUGAUCAACUUUAUAUUAGUAGCUGCCUUACUGAUCCUCUUUAUCAUUCAUCAACAACUACAAAACGGUAGUGUCACUGAGAAUGUAACCUCAACAUUAACAACAGGUGCCCUGCGGGACAGCACUGGUGAACUCUGUCUCCCCUGUGACUAUCAAGGACAAACCCUUGACAACACUUUGUAUGAAACUAUAUUGAAGACAGAAAAUAACGAUACUGUUUGCUGUCUGGCACGCGACGAAGACCUCCAAAAUCUUAUUCUUGAGGUGACCAAUAAAGGAAACCUAAGGUGGUGGACAGAAAGAAAUUACGCUGCACACCUGUACCGCAAUGACCUCUACUUCGGUGAAGGCGUAUCAUGGACACAAGAAGGCAAGAAAACGUCAUUGUUACGAAAUCUAACCUUAACUGAUGAAGGAAGGCAGCUUGCUGUUCCCACAAUGCCAGGCGCAGGAACUUACUUUGUUUAUGCGCUGUACACGUUUGACUUUAGCAAGGCAUCGCCCAACAGACCUGAUCCCAUUGGAGUCCAUAGUAUCUUCAAACACCGAUCGGGGUUCAUCAAUGGUAAAAGGCAGCGGUUGUGGACAGCAAAGACUGGGGGCGCAAACACAGCGAAGAGGCAGACGAGUUUCUUGUGUGGUAUUGUUAACAUGAACAUGCGUGAUACAUUAGAAUCCGAGGCGUUUUCGUAUAUAGCAGGGGAAAAACAACUGACGUUAAAUUACAUUGACAGAUCGCCAUAUUCCAACUAUUUUGGAAUGUUCAAACUCAUCGAGUUUGCCUGACUAAUUGUGUGUCAUGAAAACAAAUGUUUAGCAGAACUAUUAUUAUUUUUUUGUGAAAUGUAUAUUAACAUAAAUGUAUGUUUUUUUGUAU